AUGAAGGCCAAUGUGUCCAUUGUAUCUGAAUUUAUUAUCUUAGGACUGUCGACUCGUCCAGAACUUGAUGCUUUCAUUUUUGUUCUCUUUUUAUUCAUCUACACAGUUGCCUUAAUCGGUAAUCUUAUCAUUCUUAUUCUUACAAGUAUUGAUGAAGGACUCAACACCCCCAUGUAUUUCUUUCUAGGGUUUUUAUCUUUGCUUGACAUUUGUUGUACCUCAGCUGUUUUACCAAAGAUGCUUACCAGCUAUGUCUUAAAAUCCAAAGUUAUCUCAUAUUAUGGAUGUGUUAUGCAGCUCUUCUUCUUUACUUGGCCAGUUAGUGUAGAGCUUUUACUGCUUACUGUGAUGGCCUAUGACCGAUAUAUUGCAAUUAGAAAUCCAUUGCGAUAUGCUACUAUUAUAAGUCGGAGUGUAUGUAUCAACAUAGCAAUCAUCAUCUCUGUUAUUGGUUCCUUUAAUUCUAUGACAAAUACCUACUUUACCUUUCGACUUCCCUAUUGUGCUGAUAAUAAGAUAAACCAUUUCUUUUGUGAGAUAAUGCCACUGCUGAAAUUGGCAUGCGCUGACACCUAUUUCAAUGAAAUUUUUGUGUUUACCGCUGAUGUCAUCCUUGGAAUGUGCUGCUUUCUUCUUACCUGCCUAUCUUACGUCUUUAUCAUUAACACCAUAAUGAAGAUACGUUCUGCAGAAGGGAAGCGCAAGGCCUUCUCCACAUGUGCCUCACACAUUACAAUAGUGUCCAUGUAUUAUGGUGCAGUUAUUUUCACUUACAUUCGUCCAAGGUCCAGUCUGUCACUGGACAAAGAUAAAAUAGUGUCGACACUCUAUGCUGUGAUUACACCCACUCUGAACCCUAUCAUUUAUAGCCUUAGAAAUAAGGAGGUUAAAGAAGCGUUCAGAAGAGUUAUCAAGAGGUUGUACAAAACCAAGACCUCAACAUGCACCUGUAAUGUAAAAUGA